AUGGCGAGAGAAGGGACUAGAAGCGGGAGCGCCAAAAGGAAGUCGCCCAGAAAGGGCCAGCAAGAAGAAGAGACCGAGGCAGCAGCUAACAGCAGCAAGCAAGAUGAGUCGAGCAACCCAAACGACGCGGAAUCCAAUAACAACAAUAAUAGCAACAACAAACAAGAGGCUCCACAUCAUCCACUGGCCCGUGUGACAGAGGGGAUGAACCGCCGGUCGCUUCUAACGGGCUUAUAUGGUACAAGAGGAGAGCGCAUUCGUCACGUCGUUGCCACUGGAGCUCUUUCAAUGCCUCAGGAAGUGUUGGAUAUGAUGGGGACCACGGAGGACGAAGCAAAAGAUGGUGACAACGAUAGCAGUGACAAGGAUUCACAGCAAAACAAGAAGAAACGCAAGACCAUUCCACUUCCAGGACUGGAUUCUGUCGUUCGGCCAACCACGGACAAGACCUUGCCCAAGAUUUUUGUCACGGAUAUCUUCCACAAACAGUUUGUAAAUGCCAAUGAUCCUCUCCUUCCACCGACCCUUCGUACUGUAGCAGCCAACAGAACCGUGGAACUCAUUCACAAUGAUCAAGAAGGAUCAGGUGGACCAGAGAGAAUCCGUGGAGGCGGCACUGGUGACGAAGGGCAGACGAGUACUGGGGAAGGUGCUGCUGCAGUGAAAUCAGAGGAAAACACUGCAUCAUCUGCUGUCCCUAGUACUGGUAGCCAGACGGAAACCAAUCCACCGUCUAAUGUGACAUCGACCCAACAGAAUCAAUCUGCUACGGAUGGAACUCAAACAGCUACCACCAUCACAACAGCACCUGUCCCCUCUUCCACGAGUUCAGCAACGGCACCUGUACCUGCUUCCUCCGCUAGCAGUGAGAAUGCAACUAAAACUCCAGCAACAGCCGCUUCCAAUCCAAACGCAGUUGCGUCCUCCCCCCCAGCGCCUGUUCCUGCACCUACCCCAGCCCCAGAAACUACAAAGGCUCCAGCAGCGGCUCCCCCGAAACCAUCCCCUGCAGCCAGAAGAUCCUCGGCACUGGUUCCCGCCGAAGCGGCAACUUCCAAAGUCAUCCCUCUCACGGCAAAGCCAGACCCGCACUGGAAACAGCACAUUCCUCCUUCCAACGAUGAAAAUCUUACCGAUCCACAGGGAAAGGCGCGGAAACCAAAUUGGUUCAACCCCACCUCCAUUUCCAACUUGGAGCGGACAAUGCUACCGGAAUGGUUCGACGAAAGUGCUUCCCAUCGGACAGAAGAUUCCUACUUGAAGGCACGAGCUACAAUGAUACACAUCUCAGAUCAGUUGGGGAACAGGUUCGUGACCAGCACCUUGGCACGUCGAAGUUUGCCAGGAGAUGUUGGAAGUCUCCAUCGGCUGCAUAGUUUCUUGACGCAGAACCUUUGGAUGAACGAAGAUGGGCGAAAUGAUUCGGCUCCUACGCCGGCUUCGCUUCAGCAUCCACCGCUAUUCGCUUCCACUACGUGGACAGAAAAACGUCGAGGGGAUCUUAUCGAGGCUGUCGUGGAAGCGUCGCAGCAGCAACCUGCAAAGAAAAUCAAAACGGAAGGAGAUGACGCCAUGGACGUUGAUAUUGUACAGCAACCGCAAGGAGAUGAGAGCAAUUCGUUUGUACCUAUCGAUUGGGAAAUGGUGGCUGAAAAAGUGGGAGCUAGUGCUAUCGAAUGUGAGAAGGAGUUUCUCGCAAUGCCGAUGGGUGAGGCUGCUUUGUCAACUACGGCAGUUUCAGAGCGACCAAUUACACCUGAUACUCUGGCAAGUGACCAACCUCCAGCUAGGGCUGCUACUGCCGCGAGAACACCUAAAGAUGAAAUGGCACAAGAGGAAUUAUUGCGAUCGUUGGUGGAAGGGACAAGUCCAGCUGUCAUCACGGCGGUGACCGAGGCUGCUCUCAAGGCCACUGGAAGAGACCUUCCUGCUGCUCGGAGAGCUGCCAGGCUAGGACUGGUGGCAGGUCAAGCAGCAAAAGCAGCGCAGGCUCAUGAAGAAACUGUCUCUCGACUUUUAUCAGAAGUAAUUGAUCAACGUAUGCAAAAGGUGGAAAUGCGAAUGGCACUAAUGGAUGACUUGGAGGUAACUUCAGUUUCGGAGCACAGCGGGUUCGUGUCCGAUGAAACCUAG